AUGGCGGAGCCCAGCAGGCCACCCCCCGCCGCCGGCCCGCAGGCCCCGCACGCCGCCUUCUUCGGGCCCGUGGCACGGGGCAACCCGGUGGUGGACAGCUUCGAGGCCGAGCUGCGGCGCGUCCUGGGCUCCCUGCGGCGGCUGCGAGGCGCGGGGGAGGCCAAGCCGCCGCAGCACGACCUGCACCGCCACGGAGCAAAUACUUUGUUUAACAUUUGGAUCAAAUAUAAGCCACGACUACCAGAGUGGUAUUACAAUGAAAGACUUGUGAAAGUUGGUGAUGCCCUUGCGCAGAUCAAAGAGUAUAAGUUGGCACUUCUGCAGUGCUACGAAAGAUACCUUCAGCAGUUCGUUUCUGUAAACCUUGAUGAUGUCAUGGAUGAUGCACAUCGCUUUAAAUCUGCCUUUUUCCCAAAUGGUUUCAGAGACAAAAAUGCAGCACUUACGUUCCAUGCUUUGCAAGCAAGAAAUGUUUGCAUUUAUCAGAUGGUUUUCAGCAGUGACAGAAAUCUUCAGAAUCAAGAGUCCCUGCAGACUUGUCUCAGUGUCUUGACCUCCUUACGACUUACUAUGCAAGUGGCUCUACCUCAGGAGAAUUUGUGUUGGCUUAUCUACAAUGGUGCUAUCCAUAUUUACACCAUAUGCAGACGUUUGAUGAUGAUGGGUCAGUCUGCUAAGGUCCUGGAAUACUUACUGUGGGCCAGUGUAUGUAUGGAAUCAUCCAUUCCACUCUUAUCUGUGCAUUAUUUGACAUGGAGAGCCACCCUGUAUACAGCAGUUUCUCAGUGUUAUUUUGAUUGUCAAGCUGGCAUUCAUGGAGAGAUAUUUGCUCGCCGUGGUUUGAUUAAAAUUGACGAAUUGAGGCAAUUAGAAAAUACCAGUUCUUCUCUCGAAAAUACAGAGACACAGAAGAUUUUUAGAGAGGCCACUCUAAAGAUGUCAGUGAUGAUUUUCAAGAGAGCAGUAUAUGAAUCCAGAAGAAAGUCGAACACUCGACGUGAGUCAAAACUUAACCCAAGAAAAGCAGUAGAUUUGUCGUGGCCUCGCACCUCUACCGAGCAGCUGCUGGUGGAAAUGUUCGAUGGUGCUGCAGCUCAGUUCCUUGCCAUCCUGGAAGCACUGUCUGAUAGUAGCAGGAGUCUAUUGCCCCCUCAUCCACCUGUUCCUGAUGAAAUUGCAAUUCGUGAUGUCACUUCUGAGCUUUUUUCUGCAGGUCUAGAAAUCCUCUCAGGUGGAGAGAGCAGUGGCACCAAGCAUUUUGGUAUAAUUAAUCCAUCAUCUACUCUUCUGCAGUUGAUGCUAACAGGAGAAAAAGGUGUGUCUGGAGAUGCUGCUGUGAAAUUUGUAAAAUUAGCUUUCAGCUAUGAAGAGUGGGACGUGUUUUAUUCUGCUCUUGAAUUUGUUGACAAUUUUCUUCAGGCUCAAGAUGACCCAACAUGGAAGAAAGCUGAAAUAGAACUCAAACUUCUUACAUUGAUGCAACCUGUAAUAUUCCCAGGAAAAUUUGAAUGUUGUUUUUCUGUUAUUGACGAUAGUAGCAAAGAAGGCAGCACACCUCAAGGUUCUGAAAAGACGCAAACAAUUAGAAAGCAAUCGUUAAAGCAUGGAGAUCCUUUUCAUGAUCUUGUGAUUUUGGCAACGACAGUGCUUUCCUGUAUCUCUACAUCUGAGCAGAAUGUCCAUCCUGACAAAGAAAUACUUGUUGAUGUAGUAAUGUGUUUGUGGCAGAAGUGUAAAAUGGAACUUCAGCAAAUCCAAGCGAGUGGAAGUGACUGCUUAGAAUAUAUCCACAAACAUGAAGCUUACCAAUGGGUUCAUAUACUCUGGAUAAUAAAUGAAAUAAUGGAGAAGAGCAACAUAGCAGACACUAAUGUAAUGUUUGCAGAGAUAACACUAUGUCUAGCUGCAAUACUGGAAAAUGUAGCUGAUUCUACAAGUGAAUCUAAGGAAAAAGAAGGAGGAAGUGCCUCUCUUUUGCAAGAUGAAACCUGUGAUAUGCCUGAAAUACUGAUGAAAACUCCUACAGAACAAUUACAAAUUGCUUAUGAAAUUCUCGAAAAAGCAAUUAAUGACAUGAACACAUCUCGGUUAAUGACCCUUUCACGAGAUGGAAAGUCGAUAUUUGACAACUGCUCUAGAAAGGUGGACUCAAAUGAUCAGAAUUUGAAUUCUGUUUUGAGAUGUGGUGAUGAUAAAACAGGAACAGAUAAUAGUUUUGUAACAGAUUUACACUUGGAGCUCAUUCAGGCCCAACAUCGAGUAGCUGUGAAACUUCUUAAAAUUACACAAGGUGCUCAAGUUGUUGACAGAAGUCUUAAGUUUAGUAAAUUUCAGGAGAAGAAUAUUGGAGCUUUCCAAUAUUUAUCAGAAGAACUUAUAAUGAAAAAAAUUAAAAGGAAUAAGCUAUCCAGAGCAAUCUUUUUGAUGCAAAAGGCUGCACAGAAGUUCCCUGAAGAGUUAACUGCUACUUCCCAAAGGCAGCUACUGGAGGAAGCACUAACUUUAAUUGAGCAAGUUGAAGCUGAACAAAGUGCAUUGUAUCGCAGUCUCAAAGAAGCUAUGAGCAGCAGGAAAAAAAGCAGGACUCCUCCUCCUCCUCUGUUACUUUCUAGAUCACAUUGCUCCAUGACAUUUAAACCAGCCCCGUUUGAUUCAGAUAUUCAGGUUUCAUGGUACUGUAUUUUGGGCUCUGUAGCAGGAGGAAGUAAUACAAAAGUAAGGUUAAAUAGCAAUAAACUUCAAAAUUCAGGAGAAGAGAUACCAGCAGAUGGGAAAAGCCUCUUGGAAGUACAAGGCUUAGAUGCCAAUGAGAAAUACGUAUUUGCCGUCGCAGCAUAUUCUUCAGAUGGAAAACUUAUUGGUGAUGCCGUUGGGCAAAUGACUAAGCCAAUUCUUGCUUAUCCACCCCUUUCUGCUACUACUGUUCGAGCAUAUCUAACUCAGGUAGCCUAUCAGACUGGCAACUUUAGAUUGGCCAGAGCAGCAUUUUCACCAAUGUGGGAUUAUUUUGUUUCAAAUUCUUCUCCACUGCCUCCCAACGAAGCUGUUAUUUCUGCAAGUAGUAAUUUGACUAUAUCUGAAAAAAGGUUACGUUUUGAAGCUGUAUCUCAGACUUCUCCUAUUACCUUGCACCUCUUUUUGAGGAAUAUGUUUGCUGUCUCUGACAUUAAUAUCAUGGAAGGAGCGCUCUUCUGUGAUUCCAUCUGUUCCAAUGAGAUAUUUUAUAAGGAGCAAGUUGCAAGAUUAUCAGAAUGUGAAAGAAUGGCUGUGGCAAUUGAACUUAGCAACUGGUUGAACGAUGCAAGUUACUCCCUGCAGUCUGUUGUACAAUGUUACGGCCUCCUCGCCCCACUGAUUUAUCACAAGAUUUUUUUAGUGCCAGUAGUUCAGAUCCUCAUUAAAUGCUUGGCUGUCCUCCAAGAAAUUCCAAGUGCUACUUUGCAAAGGAGACAGGAAGGAUGUUAUGAGAGUAUUCAGCAUAUGAUAGCUUGUAUUUCAUAUCAUACAGCAAAGGUACUACAUUCAUGGAAAGAGUAUGAACUUGCUGUAAUUAUCAUUAACUAUGGGAAAAAAUUGUUGAUCUCACCAACAGUUUCACUCAGCCUGUCAGGAGAUGUGAAAACUAAAGAAACACACACUGGAAAAGAGAAGUGUUCCUCAAGGGCAUCCCAUUUAGCUGCAGUGGCAAAAGCAACAGAAAAUCUGAGUACUCUUGAAACAAGUCUCCUCAAACUGACAGAACCAGGUCCUGGAACACAGCUUACAGGACAGGAAUCUCCUUUGUUCCUCUACCCUGUAAUUUCAUGUUGGACAUCAGAGCGUGCUUAUCGAGAAGUGCUUAAAUUCAGAGGGCAAUCACGUUUCCUUGAGUUCUUUGUUCAACUUUUGCACAAAGUCCUGAAUGAAGAGAAGUUUCAAUGUGUUCUGGAGUGGGCAGACAGUGUGGAAGUUUACUUGAAAAGGAGGAAUGAAGACUUCCUUGGUACUGAUGGAAUUGCAACACAAGCAAGAUCUUUCACUCAGCGAGAUGGCACACGUGCUGCAGGAGUUCAGAAAGGAAAGGAUACCUCACCUUCAAAGAAACCAAAGGCAUCACCUGCCAAGAAACCAAAAAAAAAAGCCUUGCCUAAAAAAGGACCUCUUAGAGAGUAUUUAUUGAAAAAUCCAGAUAUAAUGAAUUCUCCAGAAAAACAAGGGAAAGGCAAGGAUAAGUUGAAAAAAUUAGCUCAUCAAACCUUAGUGAUGCUGCUGCGUAAAUACGUAACCCGAAGUCAGUUUUGUCACAUGUGUCUUGAAGAGAUGCCCUGGAAGUCACAGAUGAAUAUCUAUCUGGCAGUUGCACACUACCACUUAUUUAAAAAGAACCUGGAAGAGCUAUAUAAUGUUGGAAUUAGUGGUUCACAGCAUUUGGACAGUUACAAUGUUUUGGAUCCUGAGAUAUUCUCAUUAAACAAUUCUGGCACUGUACUGGCAAGAGAAGCUGUAGAGGAUAACCUAAGAAAGCCAACUCCUUCUCUCCUUGAAAAGACAGAAACAACCAAAAACCAGUCCUUCACAGAUAAAUCUCCUCAGAACAGAAUUAAACGGAGUCGAACUCCUCGAAGUCCAACAACAAAGGAUACAAAAGUAUCCAUCUCUCAAACCCCCGAAGAAGAGGACCAGUUUCCAUCAAUUACCCUUUUACUGAAGCAUUUUACAAGCAUAUUCUUGCAUUUGAAAAGAGCAGUGGUUCUUGCUCACCGUGGUAGCCACUGGACAUUGCUUCAAAAUGCUUGUCGAGAACUUUGGAAUUAUACUCAGGAAUUUCAAUGGAUUGCUAACCAGUCGCAUUCCCAUAUGGAUGAAUUUCCCAUCACCUGGGAUUUUCUUAGGAACACCAUCUGGUUGCCAUUUUAUUUUGCAUCAGACAUGAUCAUUGAUAUGAUAAUUGACCUACAAGCAAGCAGUUCUCUUAAGAUUGUGGAUCCCGAAGGAGACUUUUGCAUUCCCAGUUGUUUAGGAGGUAUUAUGGAUGAGAAUGGUGGUUCUAAUCUUCAUCCCCAGCCUCCCCUGGAUGAUGUAAAUAUGGUUGACAUGAGAUGGAUAUGUAAUCUGAUUCUUAAAACAGUAGAAUUGUUAUAUCAAAUGAAGAAGUGGGAAGCACUGGUACACAUAGCCAUACAAUUUAACAUAUUUACGCAUGAGCGGUACACAGAACAAGUGAGUCCGCUGCUGGUGUAUGCUCAGAGGCAGCUGCUGGAAAGGAUGCAGCAAUUCAGUGGCCCAGACAGCCGUGAAUCUCAUUUCACAAAACAUCUGGCUGAUGCUGCACAGAAGAUGAGUUGCAGAAACUACAUAGGGUACAAAUUACGGCUGCCCGUUGCCCAUUCUGCCAGUGAAGGCGUUUUUCCUGGAUACUUUUUCAGUCCUGAGACGAAUAAUGAUUCUACAGAUGACAAUCAAGCAAAAGCCCUAGUUUGUGUGCCUCUUGAUGUGAAUGAUACACUGAGAUGUUUUAGAGAAACUCUAGAAAAAUCUAAGUAUCACAGCAGAGCACUGAGACACAGCAGAAAACUACUUUCAUUAUUUCUUGCACACACACAAGAAAAUGCUGGAAGAGCAAUCAGCAGUCACAGCUCUUCAAGCAGAAAGCUGAAAUUUAACGUGGGAGGUGAAGUGAUAUUUCUCCCAGCACCAUGUGACCUUUCUCAAGAAAAAUAUAAUUUCUCCAGUAUGGUUGAGAGUAGACCAAUGCCAAAGUCACAGCUUUCAGUAAUUAUCUCUUCCUAUGAACAAACAAUAGGAAUCCUUGAAAUGAAUAACCAGAGAGAUCUCAAGGUACAGGCUCUACAUGAACUUGGAAAUCUUCACUUUUAUGCUGGAAGCAAAAGAGAUGCUUUUAAAUAUUGGUGUCAAGCCCUUGAUGAAACACUCAACAUUACUGAUGCUCUUCACACCUGGCAAGAGUUAGGUUUUCCAAAAGAUGCUACAGACCGCUUUGCAGUUGGAAGAUCAACUGAUAUGAGUCAGAAACUUCUUUCUCAGGCUGGAGCUUGGGGAUGUUUACAUGCAGCAGUCUUAGUGGCUAAGAUAGCUCAGUAUAUAACAACAUCACAGAUGAGAUUAAGAACAAAGUACUGCUAUUUUUCUGCUAUACUUUUUAAGACCCUGUUUAGAGCUUCUCUUCCACAUCCAACAACUGACUAUGACUUUGUACAGUAUGAAACAAAUAUUCUUAUUCCUGGUAUUGAUUUGUUCUCUGAUCGCUACAGAGCUGAUAUCUCUACUGUAGUUGCAAGUCUGAAUUUCAUUAUGUUUGAACUACAUUGUGCAAAACAAAAUUUAAUAAUUUUACCUCUGUUCACAUUAUACCAAUAUAUUGUGUCUGAGAUUUGUAAGGACCCAGCUAGAUGUAUUGAAGGAAGAAUCUUCAAGAUUAAAGUACUUACAGAUAUAGGAUUUUUUACGGAGGCCUUUCAUGAACUGUCUUUGCUUAUUUGGGGAGAGAGAAUUCCAUGGAAAAUACCAGCAGGAUACAGAUAUAUUGAGCAAAUGCAGGCCUUACAGAAAUUUGAUUCCUCAAAAUCUCUCAUGACUGUUACAAAUUUGCAGGUACUGGAAGAUACAUUUAAUUGGAGUCUGUCUUUAACAGUGGUGCCACUGUGCAACCAACGAAUUAUGAAUAAAUUAACCUUAGCCAAAAUGCAUCUCAUAAUUUGUCUUUCUGCCACAAUAAAUAAUAUACCUGAAAAAGUUGAAAAAAAAGUAUAUUCUGUUGACAACAGCUUGCCAGAGCCAAACAAAGCUGCAGCAUCAAAUGUAAAAGUUGAUGCUGAUCAGAAUUCAAGACAACAGGAACAAAGAGACACAAUAGUGCAUCUUGUUGACUGUAAAGAUGAAUUAAAUAUGGCCAUGCUGAAGGGGAUUUUAUUGACAGAAGCUGAAGAAAGUCUUAGCUAUCUUGUACAGGACAUACAGGAAAAAUAUGAUGGGGACAUAUCUUGGUAUUCUGUGGAAGAUUUAGAGGCUCUUAUUGAGGCAAAACUUGAGCUUGCUUCUAUUUCUCAGCAAAGGCAUCAAGCAGCUCUCAGUGUUGCUUUGGCUUUCUCUGCAAUUCGACUUCUCCAAGAUGCAAAAGUUUUUAGCAUGGAUGUGACACAUUUUCACGAAGAAAAGGAUGAAAGGGAGUGUUUGGGCUCCAACACUGAAGGUGUUCAACUGCCUCCCAGUGUAACAGCCCAAGAGCACAUGAACGCACGUUUGUGGCUGAGGUGUCGAGCAAUGUUAGUGACUGCACUCCUGACACAGAUACAGGGUGUUGGUGAUAUGAAAGGAAACGAUGUGGCUGAGCGCAGAAGCGUGAUAAAAGAAGUAAUAUUAGAGGCAGAAGCCUUUGGUGAUAUUGAGACUCAGGCUGAAAUGAUGGUGCAAGUUGCUAUUCUUGACCUGCAAGAAAAACGUCCUGUGGCAGACAUUAAACUUCUUUUGCAGAAUAUCAUUGGUUUACUCCAAGAGGAUACAUUUAUUUCUCUGCCAGCUUCUUUGACUCUUGUGAAGAGCAUGCUUCUGCUGGCAGACAUACUGCCACUGGAAAUAGUAGAGGAUACAGAACAUUGCUCUUCUGCAGUGGAACCAUUAAACUUGCUUGUUUUGGCACAUGAGCUUACCAUUAAAGCAAUUUUUGUUUGUGGUGAACCCAUUGAACGGCAAAUAGAAGACAGUACAUUGACUUGCCUGGUCUUACCUACAAAGAAUAUCUACCUGCCACAUAUUAAUUUGUUAGCUCAAGUCAAAAUGAAAAUUGGACACAUACUAGCUGAAAAAGUGGCUUCUACAGCUGCAAGAGGAGAUCACUCCCAAUGGCUACAUGCUCUCAGGCAUUUAGAAUCAGCAUUGAAACUUUGCAGAGCAGCUGCAACAAAAAAAUUAGAUAUGGAAGCUGAACUUCUUUUUCAGAUAGGUAAGGUAGAACGCCAGAUAACUGAAACAGGCAAUAACAAGUCAUCUCAAGCUGUUGAAACCCUGUUGGAAGCUAUUAACCUCAGCCAGAAACAUGAUCAAAAAUAUGAGUUAAUAAGGCGGGCAUACCUUGAAAUAGCACUAUUAUAUUUGUAUUUUGCCACAAAUAAUGAGGAUGGGUCACAGACAGAUAAGUUGGUGCCUUCCAAAUCAAGUACCUCUUCUGGAGAACUGUCUUCUGAGGAGGCUGUGAAAUCAGAAGUCUACAAAGUAAAAGCCUGGAUUGCAAUAAGAGCAGCUACACAGGUCAGCAAAGCUGUCCUUGCUUCUCAGCUGUUGAUUGGAAUGAAGAGUCUUAAAGAACAGAGCAUGAAGGAUGAAGUGCAACAGAAAAUCCCAGAAUUUGCUUCUAUGGAUCUUUUUUCUUCAUACAGAGAUUACGUAUCUGGUGGAUACAAUGUUGUCUCUGAAAGUACAGAAGCAUCUUCUGCUGAAAACAAGCAACUCAUGGAAGACAAGCAGAGUGAAAGUGAAGGAACAGAAAGUCCUGUCAGCAAGGCCAGCCAGAAGAAAGAUACAAUAACAUGGGUUCACAUAAUUCGCUACCACAAUCAUUUAAAAAGAAUUUAUAACACAAACCUAUCUGGACCUGGAUCACUUUCUGCAAGAGAUGGACACCUUAGUUCGAUUUCUGACACAGGAAUUGUUCUACGCAUAGCAGAAAUGCAUUCCUUUCUUGAAAAGAAUUUGGUUGAAUAUUCAAUGUGCUGUCUUGAGAAUUUUCCAGAAGAACUACAUGAUACAGAAAUGCCACUCAGUAGUCCAGCUGGUUCUUCAGAGGUGUCUCCUGAAGUUACUGAAAUUACAUCAGAAGUGUCACAAGUGAGAAUAGCUUCUCCAGUUUCUGUCAUUGCAGAAGAAGACAGGCAGACAGAAAGUAGGGCAGCAAGUGCUUCAAAUAAGGAAAUUAACAUUCAGUGGUAUAUUCCUUCUGUGGCAAAGCCAUCAAACGAUACAGAAACUAAGGUUUUGUUGCUUUAUGCUUAUAAUACAAACCCUGUCAAGAUUAGCACCAUCAAGAUUUUCAGUUCAAUGUCUGUGUUUUCAGGCCACUUGUGGAUUCCAUUGGCUAGAAUUAUUUCUUUAAGGGAGAAAUUGUCUGAUCUGAAGGAGCAAGUUGAAAUAUUGAUGCAAGGUUCUAAGAGCUUUUCAACUUCAGUACCUACAAGUUUUCCUCAACAAAGUGAAACUUUGAAAAUAAGUCCUUCAAAUAAACCCAAAAUGAGUGAUGUGAAAGUGGAUCUUGAUGAAAAAACAGAAGAAAUUGCUAAAAGGUGUUUAUCUGAAGUCAGAGCACUGUUGUCUGUUGUUCCAGCCCUGUCCCCGCCAUUAACUAAGAUCCCAUUUGAUGUUACUUUGCAAUCAAUAACAAAUUUGGAAGAUAUGUUUGAUCUUGCCAAUGGCUGUAUAAUAACUGAAGGAACUCUUUUCAGUUGGAUCAUUUCUCUGCUUCACUAACUGCUAUUUUGCAAUAACUUAAUCAGUUAUUAACUGAAUGCUACAGACUUAGACUUAAGUUCUAGUGUUAAUAUAACAACUUCAUUAAUCACAUCAGGAUUUGACUCCUGUUAUGUUUUAUAAUUUUCACUUUUAGCUUAUUUCUAAUUAUUUAAACAUUAUUUGUUUUUAAAAUUAAAAUAAUUUUCUAGAAAUUAAAUAUCUUAAAGUAAUUUCUUAAUAAGAGGAUUUUCUAGCUUUUCAAUAAUUACUUACUGUUUAGAAAAGCUGAAUAGGUUUGUAGCCUUCUAGCACCUGCUAAUAGAUAUUCCUUUUUCCCUGAAGUUUUAUUCUCACUUUUAAAUUGCUUUUGCAGUUAUCCAAAGUUGGUAUUAUUUCUGAAGUUAAGAAUUUUUGGGAGGCCUAAAAUCAUCGCUGAUUUUGUUCUCCUAUACAUCUGUUUGGAAACUAGCAUUUCAGGUUGUUGAGGGUGCAAGUGAUCAUUCAGCUGUCUUCAUAAUUUCAAAGCCUUUUUUUAAAAACAACUACAACAAAUAAACAACUCCCCCCAACAAGGAAGCACAAAGAAUAAAAAUGGUACAAUACAGAAUAUUUUUAAAAAUCAUUCUAAAAAGCUAAGGGAACUUAGCUCUCUGAAUGUUGCUGUAAAUAUUAUUUUAAAGUACUCAAGAAACACAGAUGAGUCCUAACAACAGCCACCUGAGGCAAUAUGCUUGAGAAUAUUCUCCAUCUCAAUCACUGGAGCAUCUCAAAUGCUCCAGUAAUUGAGAUGGAGAAUUUGACAUGAACAAGUGAGUUAGUGGACCAGAGAGGGGCCAUGGCCCUUUGCUUUUGCUCACAUCCCAAAGCCAGGCACUCCUUUGCUAUUUAAUUUGUUUGCAACAAACAGCAAAAAACACCAGGAUAUUUGGGCAGGAAUCCUUUGAGACUUGUCCUAUCACUAGUUAUGUUUUUGUCUUGCCAGGAAAAUUCAGCAUUAAUGGUUAACCGUUCCUGGGUUCAUUUCCUGUGAAAAAUCCUUUAACUUCAGUCAGGCAUUCCCUGUACUGUAGCUGAGUGUUAAAACAAUAAACUUUUUUGAGCUAUUUGGAAAUUGCAGAUUUACCUUGGCUUGUGCUUUUCAGAAAAAUGUUACCUGGUUGAGUGAAAUUUCUUUUAGGGAGGAAGAGGGAGAGAGAGGUAAGAUUCAGCAUAAUGAGUAUCUUAAAUGUGAUCAGUACAGGAAGAAAGGAAGUAAAGUUUUCUCCUAUUUUUCUUCAUUCCUAUAAAAGAAAGAAGACUGGAUAUAUUUGUGUUUUGUGUAGCUGUUUAAAAGUUGUGCUCUUUUUUAUUUUGUGUACUCUUUUCUGGAAUGCUGUAGUUAGAAAAUUAGAAGGAUUAUGAUAUAAUGAUAAAAAGAAAGGAAAAAGUGAGUAAUUGAUAGGGCAGUUAUAUUUGCAAGACAAUUUUAAAACUCAGUUAAUGUGAUUAUUUAACUCAACUGCCUAACAGCCAGUUUGGAGGAGAUAUUCCUUAGCACUAUUCUUUCAUUAAAAGAAUUUAUUGUUCUGCAGUUGUUCAAAAAGCAGGAAAGAUAAAAAUUGACAUGACUCAUUUUUGUUUUAUAAGAAACAAGUAGGAAAUUGCAGUUUAAAAAAAAAAAAAAAGCUGUUCUGUCUUUUGUUGUGCUUUGUAAAAACUGUAAACCUAUCUUUUUCUGUUUGGGGUCACCUUCAGGAUUAUCAUAGGACUUUUAUGCAGCUUAAUUAAUAUUUGUAAAACAUGCUAUAGAACCAGGUGAAAAUGGAAGUGCAGUUCUAUUGCAGACAAGGUGUUUUUUCAGUGCUGCCCGUCUGGACCUUGUUAUAAUUCCUAUACUUGAAAGAGAAAUGUUAUAUUCAUUUAAAAUACAUUACUAUACUUACUUUCUUAUAAUACAUUCUAAAUUUUUUAAAAAGAAAAAUAUUAUCCUUUAAGACAGUGCAGUGAAAUAAUAACAUUAAAAUGUUGACCUCACUGUAUCCAUAGCAGCAGAUUUUAUUCUCAUAAACACAGGAUAAAGUAUGCAAUGCAGGUUUUAGAAGAAAACAUUGGAGAAAACAUUUUUCUUUUAGCAAAUAAUUAAACUCUUUAGUUAAAAUCUGCUUGUAAGGAAGGAAGCUUAUAUCUGAACGGCUCUAGUAAUCACACAGAAAAAAAGUAUAAAAUUAAUUGCAAAGUAAAUUGUGUUCUUGGUUAUGUAUUACAGUAGUUGGGUGGGUUUUUUCCUAACCAGUGAACGGAGACUAAAGCCUUCAAUAUGUGAAACCAGAAUAAAUUUGUGUCAGCACCAUGCUGAAUUAGAUUUUCAUAGAAUAUUUGUCUGUGCCACUGACUCCAAAAUUAAAAAGGAAGAGGAGGAAGGAGGAUUUCACUGUACAAGAAGACCCUCCUGCUAUGGGAAGGUCUUCCCUAUGAUCUGCUCCAUACAACAAUGCCAAAGAGCUACUUACCAUAGUGACAGCUUUGAACCACCAGCAUGUUUACCAAUUCUUUUCAAAUUUUAAUUGAAAUAUUUCUCCAUUCUACAUCUGUGGAAGGAAUGGAUAGUGGUUCCCUAUCUGAUAAAUCAUGGGAUAGGGCAAGGGGGGAGAGAGAGAGACAGAGAGAGGGAGGGAGAGAGAGAAAGAGAAAGAGGGAGAGCACACUGCAGGGAGAAAUUGAAAGAUUCUGAAAAGAAUGACAUUUUAUCUUCAGUGCAUCCCCUUGGGCGAGGGACAAGAAAUACCGGUGCAGAACUAAAGGACAGUAAAAAGAAGUGUUUGGGGUUUUUAAAAUUCUUUCAGUAUUUUCCAUUCUGUGAACUGAAUGAAGCAAAAAUGCUGAGAACAAAACCAGCUUCUGGUCCUAUAAUUAAAAAUUAUAUCAUCAAGAACCUGCUAGAGCUCAAAUUGAAUUUGAACAGGAAGCUUAACAAUGAAAGGUCUGAAUGGAUUUUAGAAUAUUUCAGUUUUCAAAUACUGUUUCAAUAUAGUUUUAAGUUAUAUUGCUGCCUUGAAAAAUGUUGUAUAUUCAAGGCAUUCACAGGAUUUCUCAUGCCUACAAAUAUACAGUAACUUGAAAUUAUUGCUGGAUAAAUUAAUUUUAUGAUGUGGAAAUCAGUAAUUUCACACAGAUUUAUCCAAUUGUAUGUGACUUGUUUUUAAAUUCCACUACAGCUCCAAUUCACAGUCAUUUUUUGUUGUCCAAAGUAUAUAUCUGUUUUUUGGAUGACAUCAAUCUAACAAAAUAAUCCUAGUAAUUACCCUCACUAUGGCUCAGUUUCUUUAUCAGAAAAUAACAGUAAUCCCAUCAUCAGUGAGGGAUUUUAAGUUUUCUGCAUCAACAUUUAGAAAAUAUUUUCAGAUCCUUGAAUGCAAGAGGAAGGGUAUUUAUGUUAUUCAAUCGAGACACACUGUAAAGGGAACAGUCAUUUGUUUCCAAAUCCAUUUUCAGUGAAAUCCAAGAAGGAAGAUUCUUUAAAAGAAUAAUGAUGGAACUAGAAUUGUUAGCUAAUAUGCUGAACUAAUUAAGCCAGGAGAGAGAUCCAUUUAUGCUUGCCAAAGGUUUUCUUUGAGUUAAAGAUACUGAGUACAUCAUUAAACGAGAGAAGUGAAAACAUGAAGCAUAGGUUAAAUCUUUAAAACAGAGUGGGUGAAAGGGUCCAGAGGCAAGUGCUGAAGUCAAAUAUUUACCACUGCAAUUUAAUUUUCCACUUUGAAACCCCAGAGAUAAUUAGAAUUAUUCUCAUUUGUCUCCCAUCUUGGCAUGAUUUAGGAUUCUACUUAAUGUGCAUAGAAAAAAAGAAAGACUGUGUUGAAGCAAAUGGCACCAAAACUCUCAGUGUGGAACCAGAAUAUGCUACCUAAGGAAUAGUCACAAGCUGACAGAGCCAGCCCCAUAGGCCUGUGUGGAGGGUGGAAGUCUGUGAAGAUACGGAGCACCUGCAGGGCUGGUUUAGCUCCUGGCCAGACUUCCAGGGUUGAAAAGAGUAUUUCAGCAGCCACCAAAAAAUUUCAAUGUCCUAGGCAAAGCUCCUUGCUUCUUGGCAGUGAUGCUUGCUUCAUUCCCCAUGGAUUCUGGCAUCAUAUAGCUACUAUACAGCAGAGCUAGCAGGGAAAGUCAAGAUUCUGUCUAUGCUAUGAAAUUACUGUAUACAUUUUAUUAUCAUACAAUGUGCAGUGUAUUAAUUAGCUCUGUUACGUUCCUAUGACUCCACUACCAAAUGAGAUAAUACCAAGUUUAAAAUGGUUUCCAAACUGCUCUAAAAAUGAAUUAUAACCAUAAAGAAACUCAGGCCUUUUUUCCCCUAGUGUCCUGACUGGUCUUACUUCCCUGGAACUCUGUGGUUUAUCCUUCAGAACCUACAAUGAAAACCUCGUUUAUGGGCAAAGAGGAAACCUAUGUAUAUUUAAAAGCAAAAAUGUAUUAGUAUAAUUGAAAUCUUAGCCUAAUCCAAGAAUUGUUAUUAAUCCUAACUAAGUUGUUAAUCCUAAUUCCCUAAUUAUUAUGGGAAAAGAAAGACUACUUCUAUGUUCAAAAAGUUGUUAUAAUAAUAGUAAUAAGACAGUUAAAAUUAUUGUAUAAACUGUUACUACUUUUCCCUCUCUUCACCUGUGUAUUGCUCACAUUUCCACUGCUUUUACAGCCUUGCACAAUUGCUGGGAACGCCCUGCCUUGCACAGGUGGCCUUUCAGUGACAACACCACUCUGGCUUUAAGGGUUGGGCUUCUUGCUGCGGUCCUUUCCCCAAACAGGAUACACCAACAAUGUCCCAGUGGUUCCUUACAAAUACCAAGAAGAAACACAGCACAGGCACUGGCAUAAAAAAAUGCCAGUAAAGGUCCUAUCAGCAGGAAAAACUGAUUUAAUUGAGGGCCUGUUAAAGAAUGAAGCAAAACAUGCUGAUCAUGUUUACUUAAAACCCCCCAAAUUUUUCUUUGCUCAACUUGAGGGCUUGUAAGGCAGGUACUCACCUACCUGUCUGUAACAACAGUUAUGCUCCACAGUGAGGAGAUAAAGAAAAAAGCCAGAGGAUAUGGUUGUGCUCAAGAAAAGGCUUUAGAUUCCCUGUACUGAAGCUAGAACGGGAUAACAAGCAUUGGCCUCAGAAAUGAAACAUGACAGGUUUAGCAGCAAAUUAGGACUAUAAGGUAGAGGGUAGAAGACUUGUAGGAAUGCUGUGGAUCCCUUAACACUCAGCUGAGACGGCAGAUGAUUGAAGAUUUAACUAUGACUAAUGACUGGUUAAUGAGGAUUAAUAGAUGCAAUAAAGACACGAGCCUCAUUGCUGUAGGGAAAUAAAGGCAUUUUGUGUAACAGUG